AGGCCUACACUCACCAUGUCGUCGUCAGGUAGCGGCCUGUUCAACCGCGGUGGUGGGAGCGGCAACCAGAACACGAUGCGCGGCUUGGUGUCCUUCAUUGCCGACCUGAGAAAUGCCCGCGCCAGAGAACUCGAGGAGAAGCGCAUUAACAAAGAGCUGGCAAACAUACGAUCAAAGUUCAAGCAGGGCGGCUUGAGUGGCUACGACAAGAAGAAAUACGUGUGCAAGCUGCUGUACAUCUACAUUCUGGGCUGGAAUGUCGACUUUGGCCAUCUCGAGGCCGUCAACCUCGUCUCGGCUACAAAGUACUCGGAGAAGCAGAUUGGUUACUUGGCUGUUACGCUGUUCCUGCACGAAGAACAUGAGCUGCUGCAUCUGGUUGUCAACAGCAUUCGCAAGGACUUGGCCGAUAUCAACGAACUCAACAACUGCUUAGCUCUGCACGCCAUUGCCAAUGUCGGAGGAAAGGAGAUGGGCGAGGCCUUGGCUUUUGACGUUCACAGACUGCUCAUCUCUCCUACACAGCNNACGUCCAAACCAUUCGUCAAGAAGAAGGCUGCCCUAACUCUCUUGCGUCUCUACCGUAAAGCACCCAGCAUUGUACAGGCCGAAUGGGCAGAGCGCAUCAUCUCCAUCAUGGACGAUACAGAUAUGGGUGUUGCUCUUUCCGUUACAUCGCUCGUCAUGAAGCUUGCCCAGGAUGACCCCGAUCAGUACAAGGGUAGUUACGUCAAGGCCGCCCAACGCCUGCAGAAGGUCGUCGUCGAACACGAAUGCGCUGGCGAUUACUAUUACUACAAGGUGCCUUGCCCCUGGAUACAGGUCAAGCUCCUACGUUUGAUGCAAUACUUCCCUCCCUCGGACGACUCACAUGUACGCGCUCUAAUUCGCGAGUCUUUACAAAAGAUCAUGGAUAAUGCCAUGGAGGCACCCAAAAACGUCCAGCAAAACAAUGCUCAAAAUGCCGUUCUCUUCGAAGCCAUCAAUCUUACAAUCCAUCUCGAUACCGAGCAAGAAUUGAUGAUGCAGAUUUCUUCGAGGUUGGGCAAAUUCAUUCAAUCCAGAGAAACCAAUGUGCGCUAUCUCGGUUUGGAAGCAAUGACACAUUUGGCUGCACGUUCCGAGAACCUUGAUCCUAUCAAGAAACACCAGAGCAUCAUUGUCGGAUCUUUGCGCGAUCGCGACAUCAGUGUGAGGAGGCAAGGUCUUGAUCUGCUCUACAGCAUGUGCGACACAACAAAUGCUAAGCCCAUUGUUGGUGAGCUCUUGAAGUACUUGCAGACCGCUGAUUAUGCCAUCCGCGAAGAGAUGGUACUCAAGAUUGCGAUUUUGACUGAAAAGUACGCCACCGACAUCCAGUGGUAUGUCGACAUCUCACUAAGACUGAUCGCCAUGGCUGGUGAUCACGUCAGCGAUGAGGUGUGGCAGAGAAUUAUCAUGAUUGUUACCAACAAUGAUGAGCUCCAAGUAUAUGCUGCAUCCAACAUUCUCGAGUACCUCCGUGCAGAGCAAUGUCAUGAGAUGCUUGUCAAGAUUGGCAGUUACCUGCUAGGAGAAUUUGGUCACUUGAUCGCCGACAGCCCCAAAUGCAGUCCUAUCGAGCAAUUCAUGGCAUUGCAGUCCAAGUUCAAUGGCAGCUCGUCCAGUACGCGCGCCAUGAUGCUAUCUGCGUUCAUCAAGUUUGUCAACUUGUUCCCUGAAAUCAAGCCACAGCUUCUGCAGGCUUUUAAGACAUAUAGCCAUACCCUGGACUCUGAGCUCCAACAACGCGCAUGCGAGUAUCUGACAUUGGCAACAAUGCCGACAGACGACCUGCUUCGAACAGUCAUGGAUGAGAUGCCUCCUUUCCCUGAGCGUGCUUCCGCACUGCUUUCUAGACUACACUCCAGACAACAUAACACAACAGACAAGCGCACAUGGGUGGCAGGCGGCAAAGACGCGAACAAGGAUCUCAAUGAGCGAAACAAUACCUUGAAACGCACUUUCAGCGCUGGCAAUCCUCUUGACACGACGGCUGCCGCGCAGUCACCCACCAAAGCCAACGGCAGCAAAACACCAGCAGACGAACUCGCCGGCCUGGACUGGGGCACAGAAACGAAAACGCCAAACUUUGCCAGUGCAGACCAUCUAUCACCAGGCUGGGAGCGCGGCCACGCUCGCAUGCUCAUGGUGCCUGAAGGUAUCCUCUACGAAGACAGUCAAAUCCAAGUCGGCGUCCGCUCAGAGUACCGUGGCGAGCUGGGCUGCAUAAUCCUCUACUUUACCAACAAAUCCUCCUUCGCCGUCAACUCCUUCACCACAACCCUCAACAACCCUUCUCCUGAGCAUGUCAAAAUCGAUAUAAAGUCACUGCCUGAAACUACAGUGCAGCCUUCAACACAAACACAAGCAAUGAUCAUGCUGGAAGCCAAAACCGUCUUCACCCUCGCUCCCACAAUCCGCAUCUCCUGGCUCGCAGGCGCCCUCCAAGCACUAACACUACAGUUACCUCUUGCCAUCCACAAAUACCUUGAACCCGCCUCUCUGUCUGCCGAUGACUUUUUCAAACGCUGGAAACAGAUUGGCGGGCCUGGUCCCCGUGAAGCCCAACGCAUCUUUGCUGGUAAAGAUGUUGCGCCAGUGCCCACUCGCCGCAUUCUUGAAGGGUUCAAGUGGGGUGUGCUUGAUGAUGUGGAUCCGAACAAGAAGAAUUUUGUUGCGGCGAGCGUGUUGCAUACGAGUCAGGCGGGCAAGAUUGGGUGUUUGAUUCGAUUGGAGCCGAAUACUAACAAUGGGAUGUACCGACUUACCAUCAGAGCAACUGACGAAUCCGUUCCUACGGUUCUUAUGGAGGCGAUGUGGAAGAGAUUGGCUCUGGGCGAAGCACCUUUCUACCCACCGUAG